GCUGCUCUACACGUCCCAGCUGCGGCGGCAGAGCCAGCGCGCUGCAGAACCACAGUCCGCGGUCUCAGUCUGGAGGGUCACAUCCUGCUGCAGAGAGCGACGGAGCGUGGCACCUCAGCAUCCCGCUCCGCACCGGGGAGCAGAGCCAGCAUCAGGACCCGCAGGAAAGGGAGGAAGCAAAAGAACGAGAGUGCGAGACAGCAGAGUCCUCUGAAAUCCAACCGGACCAAAGCCCAGCUUUCAUCACGCCCUUAGCUCCACAGACCGGGCCCUGCACCGUCUUCCUUGCCGGGCCUGGGCUGGCAUGGGGUAGAGGCAGCGCAACGGAGCUGAGAGAUGGGCCGCUCCCUAGGCAUAGAGCGGCCCCUUAGGCUCAGAGCGGCCUGACCGUCGGAGACACUGGGGCCCAGCAGGAGCCCCUAAACUGGCUGGACUGAGCAGAUGAUGACCCAGUGCUCCAGAAUGGACUCUGUGGGGGCAAUAGCUUCACUGAUUCCUCUGACCCCAUAUCUAAGCCCUACAGUCCUACUGCUGGUCAGCUGUGACCUGGGGUUUGUCCGAGCAGAUCGACCUCCUUCCCCUGUGAAUGUGACUAUCACUCAGCUCAAAGCCAAUUCAGCCACAGUGUCCUGGGAUGUUCCAGAGGGCAACAUUGUCAUUGGCUACGCCAUCUCCCAGCAAAGACAGAAUGGACCUGGACAGCGGGUAAUCCGAGAAGUGAACACCACUACUCGAGCCUGUGCUCUUUGGGGCUUGGCUGAAGACAGUGACUACACCAUACAGGUCAGGAGCAUUGGUCUUCGGGGGGAGAGCCCCCCUGGGCCUCGGGUCCACUUUCGAACUCUCAAGGGCUCUGACCGCCUGCCCUCAAACAAUUCAAGCCCAGGUGACAUCACAGUAAAAGGUCUGGAUGGAGAACGAACCCUGCAGACAGGGGAAGUGGUCAUCAUUGUGGUGGUGUUGAUCAUGUGGGCAGCUGUCAUUGGACUAUUCUGCCGUCAGUAUGACAUCAUCAAGGAUAACGACUCCAACAAUCCCAAGGAGAAGGGAAAGGGGCCAGAGCAGAGCCCUCAAGGUCGGCCAAUGGGGGCCAGACAGAAAAAGUCACCAUCCAUUAACACCAUUGACGUCUGAAAGAAGGAAACGGAGCCAAAAGAGAGAGAAGGAUUGGGAAUGGUGAUAAAGACUCAGAUGGCCAUCUGCCCACGAUAGAAGGAUCCUACCCCCUUCCUUACAGCUGAACCAGAGGGGAUAAUUAGCAUUCCUAUACACUCAAACCUGCCUCCUAUCCCCCUUUCUCACUGUAAGCAGGGUCAUGAGGGCUUGAUAGGGAAAGCUUCCCUAGACCUGGAGAGUGAGUAGAAAGUGGGAGAAGCCCCCUGUGUCCCAGGUCCUAAGAGCAGUGACUUGUCUAACCUUAUCCCAUGAAGCCCAAGGAAGCAAAUGACCUACUUCACCUGCAUCAGGAUUGUCAACAUCUUUAGCUGCCUCUAAACCCAGCCUCCGGCCCCAGGACUCAAAUGGGGGUCUUUCUGUAGGCUCUGGGCAGGGGGGAGAGACUUUUGGGGCCCAGGGACCAGACACCACGCUGCACUAAUCUAAUGUCUUCCAUGAAGCCUGAGGAGCUUCAUUGCCUCAUCGGGCAGCCUCCAAGAGCUGCUGGUGAUCACACACACCCCUUGGGCGUUUUUACAAUAAAAGGUUCUUGGAACAAAGUAAUUUUCCUAUGUGACUACUGGAAUUUCCCUAACUUUUUCUAUACAACAUCCUAAAGUGUCCCCAUCAUACUGGCCCCCAGGUUUCUUGUAUCAAAUGUUCUAUUUCUUUACCUAGAGCUGGAAAAGGGUGGAGAGACUAUAAGAGGAAUGGGUGUAGGGAGUCCCUAGCUCCAGUUGUUUUCAAUUCAAGCACUUAUUGAGCACUUUGUAUCUUACUAUGGGCUCGGUAUUCUGCUAGAUGCUGGUGAUACAAAUAUAAUGCCAACAAUCUGGGGAGAAGUAUAUACAAAAUAUAUGCAAGAUAAAAAUAUAACUCCUGGGGGUUGAGGUAGGGGACUAGCAAAGUUGGCAAGUGGGGGUGAGCGUGUCAGGAUAAAUCUUAUGAAAAAGGUGGUGAUGGGACUUGAACUGAACCUAGAAGGAAGCUAGUGAUUCUAAUUGGAAAAAGUUAGAAAGGAGUAUAGGCAUAGGGACUUGGUGAUGGAAUGGCCUAAAUAUAUAGGGAGUAGCAAAUAGGUCAGUUUAGCUGCACGAAGACCUGAAAAAGUAGGCAGGAACCAGAUUAUGAACAUAGGAAUUUUUAUUUUAUCCUAGAGACGAUAGGGAGCUAUUGAAUUUUUCCUUCUUGAGGAUGUGGUCAGACCUGUGUUUUUAGAAUUUCAUUUUGAGGGAAAUUACUUAGGAGGCUAUUGUGAUAGUUUCAGAGAGAUGGAUGAGAGCCUGAAUGAACAUUGUGGCUGUGUAAAUGGCGAGAAUGGCAUCAAGAGAUGUUAUGAAAGUCAGAUCGACAAAAUUUGCCUGUUAAUUGGAUAUAUAGGGAGUGAUGGGAAGAGGAGAAGAUAACUGGGGUUGGGAACCUGGGUUACUGGAAGGAUUUAACUUCCACAGCUAUGGAAUUUAGGGAGAGAGGAAGGUUUAGGGAGAAAAGAGAAUGAGUUCCAUUCUUAAAAUGUCAAAGUGAGAUGCCCAUGGGAUGUUCAGUUGGAAAGGUCCGAUAAGUGAAACAUGAAUGGAACUUGGGAAGGAUCUAAAUUCUCCUGAUUAUAGUCAAAACAGGGUAGUUAUAAGACGUCAAUUACCAUUAUUCAAAAAAUGAUUGUCUCUCCUAUGUGGCAGGCACUGUGCCAUUGGAGACCCCAUGACAAAAAUGAAACUGCCCCUGUUCUCAAGGAGCUUAUGGUCUAUUCUCUACUGGGGAGCAUAGGUAGGACAGAGAAGGGGGGGUUCAUACUAUCACCUAUACCUUUUAUAUCUUCCCUGUCCACAGUCUACAUCAGAACUUUUGCUUACCCCAUCAACCUGCUACACAGUGACACGUCUGACCAAAGCAAUGUUGGUUAGUCCUUCCUAUUGAUAGCAUCAGUGCCCCUUGAUCAUCAUCUCUUCAGUAGAACUCAGCCUAUGUCAGAAUCUUUUUACCCCUUUCUAAACAUUUAUCUGCUUGUCUCUAGCAGGACUCAAGCAAGGAUAAUACUUUCUGCAUGGCACUAAACUGCACAAGUUUAGUGCUCAACAGUAAUGAUCAAAUGUUGAUGACUCAUUAAUAAAGAAAAAGUUUAAUGGA